GCUCAGUCAAAACUCGGAGGAAACUCAGUCAAAACUCGGAGGAAACUCAGUCAAAACUCGGAGGAAAACUCGGAGGAAACUCGGCUGAAACUCCGAAGUCGAACAAUGGAGGCUACUCUUAGUCUUUUUUGCUCUUGUGAGUUAUUAUCAGUUCUUCAUCGCCUUGCGAAGCGCGCGGUAAGCGUUGGAGCUCAGGUCCUCUUGCAGCUGAGCCGCGGGCAGCCAUUCAGACUUGGGAAAUCCUUUCAAUCUCACCAAAAGUUGCAGCUUGCCCUUUACAAUUUGCUGUCCUUGAAGCGCGACACUUCGAAGUGUGUUUCGCCACGCGUGCCCGCAGGCUUGUUUGCAGGCGCAGCUGUUGGUGCCUCUUGAGCUUCAACAGCGCGUGUAGCCUGCUGCUGACACGGCUGCUGAGUUGUGGCAAGAGCACGCGCAACACGCCGCACCUGGCGCUGCUCCUGUGCUGCCUCUGCCUGGCGCUUGCCACCCCGCCUGCGACCCUGGUCACUUCACGAACCAACAGCAUUUCCGACGGGCUAUGCAGGCGUCGCUUGCCCUCUACGGCGAACCUAUAGCCCUUCUGCCAAGUCACGGUGUAAAAAUGUCCUGUGAAUAGGUGGCCAUCUCCUUGUCGAACAGCCCCGUGCCCUCCAAUUAUCGUAUGCGGUCACCAGGCUUGAACCCACUCACCACGCGCGUGUCCUUAGCAUGCUGCGUGCCCCUUGUGCAGCAACCGCAUGAAGUCCACACCUGCGAAUGCCUCAUCAGAGGGCGGAGCCCCCCACCACGCUAAAAAAGUAGCAAUUUUUUGGGCUGAGCCCCCCGAGCGCAGCGAGACAGACCGGCAGGAGGACCCAAAGCUGUGGGCAGGCAGCAGUCCACCAACCAAGCCUGGCGACAAGCACUGGGUGCUGUACUCCAAGCGGGGCGACCGCAUGACCAUGGUCUGCCCCAAGGCCUUUGACAGCUGCGUCUUCGGCACACUCGUGGUGAUGCCGGGCUUCUUCAAGCGCUGGCCUGAGACGCGCUGGCACUUCGAGAAGGUGGCGCCAGGCGACUACCUGGGUGUGGGCGGAACGGUAGUUCUACGCAACACAAGUAUAAUAACCCUGCGGACGGCGCCCUGGGGCAUCUACAGGUGGGGUGCGGUAUUGUGGAACAAGCUGGCCGCAAGCUGCCACCACACCCGAGGCAACACGAAUCCAGUCAUGAUCCUGCAGUCAUAGAUACCUCAUAUGGUCCUUAACAUGAUACUAGGAUGGCGGGAGUGCACGCGAGGUCCCGUGGGGGAAGGGCACGGGCCUUCGGUGGAACGGCAGGACGCGCAUUUCGCCACGGAAGUGCGGUAUUAUGGAACAGGCGGGAACUCCCUGGGGAACUCCGUCGUGGCGCUCCACAUCGAGCCCAUACCCGGUGACUGGGCUCCUUACACCCAACCUAUGCCUGCACAAGCAAGAUUUUCGUGCUCGCUGCCCUGUGUGAGCAUGUUGGCUGGAGCAUUCAGCACCAACAUGCCAACAUGGCAUGGUGCACCGCGCGGGAGCUCGGGAGCCCAACCAUGGCAUACCGCGCUGUAGUCCUUCCACAAUGUGAUGUUCUUGGGCAAAUGCAGAUGUCUGUGGCGCUAUCUAAGGAUUUUGUGACCGGCAUCGAGCGGUUCCGGUGGCAUGUUUCGGUGAUUGUCCCCGUUUCAGUGAUAGCAGCAGCAUUCUGGCUGCUUCUUAGGUGAUCUCAUACCUAAAUAUAAGCCUGACAAGGAUUGGCGCACGCGAUAGUGCAAUCGGAGUGGUUCACUCGGCAGCAUUUUAAGCAUGCGACAUGUCGCCGACGCCACGUCCCCGAACCCGAAACUAAGUAGCGGGACUUCUAGGAGUAACCCUAUGCUUGUCACAUCCCGGCGGGGAGCCCGUUUGGUGCAGCGUGCAGUACGGGGCAGCGUUUGUUCCACAAUACCGCUGUUCCACAAUACCGCACCCCACCUGUAGAUGUGUCUUUUGCCGAUAUCCUACUACAUUUGGUAUCGAGUAUCAGGGCCCCGUGUGUGUGUGCGCGUGACCACAUGAGGUCAGGGGUUCAAAUCCUGGAGGGAAUCGCUAAGGGAUCCGUCGCCUUUGCGAUGAAGCAGUGCUGGUGGUUGCAUGUUGUAUGUGCACGGUCAGAUUAGCUGGCUACUGGCGGUACUUGUCGGGGUACACGCGACGUGGGAAGUGGUUCACCCCACUGCCACAGACCAGGGCAAACCAUUGCGCUCUUAUAAAGAGGAAGACGACUGCCCGGGACGUGCAGUCCAGAAGGGGGAGAGUGUGGGCGGAACGGUAGUUCUACGCAACACAAGUAUGAUAACCCUGCGGACGGCGCCCUGGGGCAUCUAGAUGUGUCUUUUGCCGAUAUCCUACUACACUGGGUGUGGGCGUCGAGGGGGAGGGCACCUGGCUGCAGCUGGAGAGCCUGCUGUGAGGUCCUGCCGCAUCUUUGUAAGACACGCGGAAG